CAAACACACGCUCAACAACCCGCGAUCGCUCAUUCACCUUUCAAAACUUCGGUCCAACUGUUGGAUUUGUGGCAAACUUUUGUUGUGGCGAUUGGUGGUCGAAUUCGCGAAAUAAUUUAUUAAUCGCGUGCGUAGGUUUCCACUCCGAAAUAAGCUAAUUAAUUAGAUGCGCUGCACGGCGGUGGUGGCGGCGGCGACCACGACAGCUGAGAAACAGUGAAGAGUGUUGUGUAAAAUGAAAGGAUUUUAAGGUGGCCUCACAGAACCGCUGCCUGCUUUGUUGUGUGUCCAACUGCACCGUGUAAACACCGGUGUCACUGGACCGGAAGUGACCCCCGGCGGGUGACCCCUCUCGAAAUACACAUAAUAAACGACGCAAUCGACGACGACCAGAGAGUCACGCAAGAGAAGGUGGUGACGAGCUACGUGGAAGGAGCAGGAGGAGAAAGGAUUUUCUCUUCCGACGGCGCUACGCGUUUGGGUGGACAAGUAAAAGUUGAUUUUUUUUUGGAUAGAGAAAGGAUAGACGAAAAACCAAAGCAGGAGCCAUGGGUGCAAUUAUUUCACGGUUUCGGAAAGAGAAAACCACCUACGCGCUGCUGGAGACCCUGGAGGAGAAGAUAGCGGACCUGGAAACGUACACCAUCACGACGCAGGAGCGCCAGAAGCGCUUCGUCGGCAACUUCCUCGUCGUGUCGAUCGUGCUGUACGUGCUCGCCUCGCUCGUGUUCUACUUUGUGUUCCUGCCGCCGACAUGGAACGAACGCAUCAUCCACUCGCUGCCGCUGCUCAUCUGUCCGAUGAUCAUCACGUUGGUCAAGAAGGGUCUGGCGUGGUUCUUCGAGCGGAAGGUGAUCGGCAAUACGGAGGAGUUGAAGGCGCUUCGCGCCGAAAAGAAAAAAAUCCUCGAGAAAGUGAUGGACAAGGAGACGUACAAGGUGGCCGUGGACAUACUGAACAAGUUUGGGGACAAGUCACAGCGCACGCAGACUCAAUCGCUGAGCGCAAUGACGCCCAUGAAAGGACCGCAGCCGAUGCCGAUGACCCCUAAAGGGCCGGGUCCGAUUCGACCACAGGUUCCUCAGUCGGCACCUGGUCCACAGCAGCAAAUGACCCCGAUGGGACCGGGUCGGCAAAUGAUCGCGACGCCGAUCGGAUUCAACAUGCGGCAGCAAACUCCGAUGAUGCAACAGCAGAUGCAGCAGCAGCAGUCGGGACUGAUCCACCGACCGGUGGGCAUGAUGCCCCAGCAGACGAUGCCCUACCGGCGGACACCGUACCCGAUCAUCAACCAUAACCAGAAGGGUAUGCUCGAAAAGAUGGUCGACUAUCUGGUGGGCGACGGCGCCAACAGCCGGUUCGCGAUGAUCUGCAAGGAAUGUCUGAUGCAUAACGGAAUGGCCCUCCAGGAGGAGUACGAGUACGCGGCGUUCCGGUGCGCCUUCUGCGGUGCGUUCAACCCGUCUAAAAAACAGCGCCCGCUGGCCCCUCGGCUUCCGUUCGAGCAGGCUCAGCUGGACAAGAUGCUGCGGGAGAAGCGCGGGUCAACCUCCUCCGCCGCAGACUCGGAACCGUCGUCCGCCGCCGAGGACAGCAACAGUGCCGAAGCCGAUGCAGCCUCAACCCCGGAGGAAGCCACCGCACCACCAGCAGAAGAUCUGCCACAGGAUGCCGAAGAAGCGGAGCAGGACCCGCAGCUCGAAGAUUGCACGGACGACAACGAAGUCCCGGCGAGCGAAACCGCCGCCGCCGCCACAGGAAAGGCAGACUGAACCGAUCGGAUCUUGUAAACGCGCGCGCAACCCAAGAGAAAGAGAGUUGACCUCCUUGCUUGGCUUUGUUACGAAAUGCGCCUAAUUUCAGCAAAGUCCAGUCCAACGGAGCAGUGAACCGAAACAAAUCCGACAGCAAUCAUUCUUCUGCAUGCGCCACCAUAAAAAAAAGCGAUGACACCUUAGUUACGAUCAUCGUGUGUGUGUGUUUGUACGCUAGAAGAGUGAAAUUGUCAAUUUAGAACCCAUUUGUGCGAAAAGGAAAAUGAAAAACUAGCUGUUUGUACUCUUUCAUUUCAAUAGUUUAACUUGUUUUAGUUUAUGCGUGUUCUAUCUUCUUUGUAAUAAUACUUUUAAACCUAGUUUCGAUUUGUUUGACCCUUUACAGCCCCAGUACAUAGCGCAACAGUAGGGUAGACUGACCUUUUGUAGAAAAAAAACUUCUGCUUUUCUUCGUGCGUCUCGUUGGCCGAUUGUUGAAGAUUUCACUUAUUGUAAAAUACAGAAAAAAAAAGAAAACAGCAGAUGAAACUAACACAGAUGUACAGUAGACAUUUCCCGUAAAACGAUGCGCAUUUAUUUGACUGCGGAAGAAAAAGUGAUAACUAAAAUGAAAAAAAGCAUUUCUCGACUGGACUGGUAACAACAGUUUGCAAUUUCUUGAACUUAUUUAGACGUGGUUGAAUUUUAAAGCUAAGCUGGACACUGCGAUGCGAUUUAAAUUUUCAGGAUUGGAGCACAUCGACUGCAGCAUGAGUUACGUGUGAAAUUUUGUCUAAUUCGUUGUCUUUUAUAAGAAGAAAAAAACUGCUAAAAUCAUAACGAAAGAUAUAGAUAAUAGAUAUAAUUUAUUGUUAUUGAAUUGA